GUCCGAUUGAUUGUGGGUAAAUUUCAUGGCGGAACACUGAGAGGGGUUGGUUUGAUUAAUAUAGCAGUGAAGUAAACAACUCGAUUCAUUACUCGUGGAAAUAUUCUCUACAUUAAAACGUUUUGGAAAUAGCAGACCUAUUUAUAUAUACUAUCAGCUGAAGUACCAAUACAUAUCUUCGAUAUUGACUGGAACACGGUUUCAUCAAGACAUAACCCGAAAGAAGAACCAUAAUAUAUUUUGACACAUUUUCAAAAACAUCUGAAGAAAUGUCGGACAACAGUGCAGCAGAACAAGGAACUGACGGAAAACAUGAGAGCAAUACUUCAACCUCUGGAGUCACAGAUCAAGAAAAAGAACUGGCAACUGAUGCAUUUCGGGCCUUCUCGUGUGGAAAUUAUGACACUUGUCUGCAGCAUCUAACAAGCCUUCAGGAGGUCAACAAGGAUGACUACAAAAUUUCUAUGAACAAGGCAAUAGCAGAGUUUUAUAAAAGUGGCCAGACCACAACAGUCACUUUAAAGCAGAUACUUGCUGCAAUGAAAAAACAGGUCCAUGCUGCAGUAGAGGAAAUUGAUGGUUUGGAUGAUGUUGAAAACAGCUUUCUCUACUACAAUCAAGCAAUUAUACACUACCACAUGCGUCAGUACACAGAAGCCAUCACAAUAGGAGAGAAGCUGUAUCAGUUUCUGGAACCUUUUGAAGAGAAGUUUGCUCAGGCUGUUUGCUUCUUGCUUGUGGACCUUUAUCUACUGACAUACCAACCAGAGAAAGCAUUGCAUCUUAUUACUGUCCUGGAGAAAUUGACCAUACAGGGAAACAACAAAAACGGCAAAAACGAGGCCGCAAACAAAGACGGUUCAAAUCAGAAGGCUGAAUAUAUUGCUAUGAUUGAGGCAGCUAAAUCCAAAAUUCAUCAGUAUAAAGUAAGGGCUUAUAUUCAGAUGAAGUCUUUGAAGACCUGCAAAAGGGAAAUCAAGUCAGUCAUGAAUACAGCUGGAAAUUCUGCUCCCUCUCUUUUUCUAAAGAGUAAUUUUGAGUAUUUGAGGGGUAACUAUCGGAAAGCAGUAAAGUUGCUGAACAGCUCGAACAUUGCUGAGCAUCCAGGCGUCAUGAAAACUGGUGAAUGUGUACGAUGUAUGUUUUGGAACAAUCUUGGUUGCAUUCAUUUUUCUAUGGGAAAGCACAACCUAGGAAUUUUCUACUUCAAAAAGGCUCUUCAGGAAAACGAUCACACAUGCUCACAGCUAGCUGCAAGUGGCGCCGGGCAAACUAAGAAGUUUUCCGGCAUCCCGAUGUGCACCCUUCUAGCCAAUAAACGCUAUGAGCUGCUGUACAACUGUGGAAUCCAGCUACUACACAUAGGGAGGCCCCUGGCAGCUUUCGAAUGCCUGAUUGAGGCAGUGCAAGUUUACCAUUCAAAUCCACGGCUCUGGCUGCGGCUGGCAGAAUGCUGCAUAGCUGCAAACAAGGGGACUUCUGAGCAAGAGACCAAAGGCCUUCCAAUCAAAAAGGGAAUUGUGCAGUCAAUUGUUGGUCAAGGAUAUCAUCGCAAGAUAAUUCUAGCUUCACAAUCAACACAGAACACAGUAUACAAUGAUGGUCAGUCUGCAGCAAUCCCUGUUGCUAGCAUGGAGUUUGCUGCUAUAUGCCUGAGGAACGCCCUGCUCCUGCUACCUGAAGAUCAGCAGGAGGCGAAGUCAGAGAAUGGUUCUAAAAACUCCAGCCAGUCUGGCAGUGUGGAAAGCAGCAGUGAGGGCAGCGAAGCCUGCAGUGGUAAAGGUCAUGAAGGAGAUAAGUUCAUCCCAUCUCCUCCUUCAUCACCACUGAGGAAACAGGAAUUUGAAAACUUAAGGUGCUCGAUUCUGGCCUGCAGCGCUUAUGUAGCUCUGGCUCUUGGAGAUAGCCUCCUGGCUUUGAAUCAUGCAGAGAAACUUCUACAGCAGCUCAAGUUGUCUGGAUCACUAAAAUUUCUGGGCCACUUGUAUGCAGCCGAGGCUCUCAUCUCUUUGGACAGGAUCUCUGAUGCCAUUAGUCACUUGAACCCUGAGAAUGUCACUGAUGUUUCCCUGGGGAUCUCUUCAAACGAGCAAGAUCAAGGGUCUGACAAGGGGGAAAAUGAGCCAAUGGAGUCCUCAGGAAAGCAGACCCCACUAUGCUACCCCAACUCUGUGAUGGCAGCUCGAGCAAUGAUGUUGUUCAAUCUUGGCAGUGCCUACUGUCUGAGAAGUGAAUACGAGAAAGCCCGAAAAUGUCUCCAUCAGGCUGCUUCGAUGGUUCAGACAAAAGAGAUUCCACCCGAGGCGAUUCUACUGGCAGUCUACCUUGAACUACAGAACGGAAACACACAGCUGGCUCUGCAGAUAAUAAAAAGAAAUCAGCUACUACCCUCUGUCAAAACCCUGUCUCCUGAUGUGCGGAAGAAACCAGCAGCCUUUCAGCCUGUCCAGCCCAUCCAGCCCAUCCAGCCUAUUCAAAUGCCUGCUUUCACCACAGUGCAGCGCAAGUGAGGAAGGCAGACAGAUCCUGCCCCAAUUAGAAACACAACAGUUCUCCCAUCAAUCUUUUCACAGCCAUUUAGAAAUAGCACUAACCAACUAGGUCCUAUUCCGUUAUACAUUUUUAUUUCAUUUAAUUAUUAAACUGACAAAAGUAAAGUAAGAUAUAAUUGGUAAAAUAAAUUAAUGCACCUGAAUCAGAAGGAUCUGGAUCUCAGGUUUAGCAAAUGAUCUAAAAAUCAACUGGGUCUAAAUGCUGGUUUCCUCUGCAGUAUUUUAGUUUGAAUUUUGGAAUAGGGGUCUUUCUGCCCCUGUGUGUGCCCGCUUAUAGAUGCACAAUAUUAUGCCUCCUUAGCCUCUGUGGGGAUAGUCUUACUUCUGCAUCAUCUUUGAGGAGGCCAUUCUCACGAUACAUAACAGAUAACAAGACAGAGCAAUUAAGAUCGGGACACUGCUUUUAAAGGCCCUAGCACAAGUAAAGCUGCAUUGUUUUCUUACUGGGUUAACAAAGAAUUUGCUGAUUAUAAAGGCAAGUGUGGACUAAAUGGUUUGUUUUAGUCACAGCACUGGAAUUUGAAGGUAGUUGAUGAAUAAUGAAGAAAAAAAUGCAGCUAUUACACAGUAUGCCAACUCGGUCAUGAAGCAUUCUGUACAAAUAACAGGUAAUUACUGGAGUUCACUAAAUCAUCUUUAAGUGUUCUGUCACUUACUGAUGUGCUGUCUUUUGCAGCAGUAAAAGUUAUGGUUGCUUAUCAUCAUUUACCAGGUUAAUAACCCAUUACAAAAUUCUUACAAUAAUGCAGAAACGACUGUAUGUUCUACUUACCAAUAUGAUGUUAAAGUACCGCCACACCAAGUAUUGCAAUUUUAGAUAAACUAUAUUAAAUGUAAAUAUGAAACAUAUUUUAGAAUAUGAAAUUUACUUUACAUAAUGUUCAUUCAAUGUAUCUUUUACUAAGUUAAGUAAUUUAUUGGAUAAACGGAUAGCAUUAUAUUGCUGUUUUUCAUUAAAAGACCAUCUAUCGGUUGUGGCUAUACUGCAGAACAUGAUGCAUUCUAUGAUCAUUCACCAGGUUUAUUUAAGGUAUUUUUUUUAAUGUUCAAUUAUUAAUUUUAAAUAGGGUCUAAAGAAUGUAAAACCAUUUAGAAUGUGUAAGAAAGUACUAAAUCAGAAGCCCUAUUUAUAAUUAACAUUAAAAAUCCAAUUAGUUCUCAGUGGGGAAGCGCUGUUUAAUGUCUUGUUUGAGAGAGAUCUGUAAUGUAUGUUCGUCAAUAAAAAUGUAUGUAAAACA